AUAAACAUUCCAUGCUCUUAUCUUCACUUGUCAAAUGUCUUGUCACUUGACAGCUUGUCACUUUCUACUUCCAUGGUUUAAUAAAUUUUAUGGUUUAUUGUUGCUGUAAAAAUGGCUAUUCAUAAAUUAGUGUAUAUUUUGGCUGUUUUUUUCUACUCUCAGUGUUAUUCUUAAAUUAGGUGAAAGUUCUCUUUUUUGCAAGUGAUUUGAUAUUACAACGCAAAGUAUUUCUUCCAAAGGACUCCAUGUUUAUGAUAAAGAAGUAAAGAAGAAGAAGAAGAAGAUUACUUGUCACGGCUGUGUGCGUUUUGCUAAAAUAAAAGAUGUGUUUUUGUGAAUACAAUCUACGAUGAAACGAAUAAAGAAGAAAUGAAAAAAUUAAAAUAAUGAAAUAUCUAGUAAAUUCUAGAAUCUAUUAUUAUUAUUAUUAUAAAUCCAGUAUAUUGAAUUGUCGACAAUACAAUGUCUGUCGAUUUAAUUAAGAAUGGGACAGCACUUUGCUAGUCUCAGAGAUUUUUUUAGAAUGGAAGGCGAAAAACAGUCUUUACAAGUUUAUAACGAAUCAUCAUCACUUAAUAAUCAAUCAUCAUUUGACAUGUUGGAUCAAGAGGAUUCUGAGAAUACACAAAAAAAUGAAAACAAUGGAAAUAUACAUGUUCCAAAUUUAAAUAUUAUUUUAAAUAAACCUGAUGAUAAUCUUGAUAAUGAACAAUUAAAUCUAGAUGUUGAUAAUCAUAAUGCUAGAUUUGAAUCCAUAUACAGUCAACCAAUUGAUACACAGGAUUCAAAGCAAAAUUGUAACAAUGGAAAUAUUGUUAGUGCUGUUGAACCAUCAUUAAAACAACAAGAGUCAUGUGUCAAUAAUUCUGGUAGCAGCAAUACUAGUAGUAGUUCUGAAGAUAGUCCUGUAAAUCCUAGUUUUAGACGAUCAUCGAAAACUCUUUCGUUUGGAAAAAGAAAAGUUUUAGGUAAGCAACGAAAUAAGGACCAACAUCCAGUAUGUAAUCAUGUAUUAUCGUCGAAAAAGAAACGAAGUAAUUGGGUUUUGAAAUUUAAUUGUACUAAAAAUAAAGUAUCGAAAAAUACGGAUAUUCCGGGACAAGGUGGCAACAGUUCUGAAUGUAUAUGUACAGGAUAUCGUCGUACUGAAGAACAUACAAUGGGUGCCAGUAACGUAUUAAACAUAUCGGCACCACAGAGUCCAGUUCUUGGUCCACUUCCACCUAGUCCUGUAAUUGAUUUAUCACGAUUUAAUCCAGAAGAAUUUCCUAUGGAGGAUUGUGAUGAAAGGGCAAGAUUGCAGAGAGCACGUGAAAUGGAAGAAGGAGUGGAACCACCACCGGGUUAUAGGCCAAGUUAUCCAUCGGGAAUUCAAGUGCAUCCAAAUGGCAUUACUGUUGACAGUUUGGCAGCUCUUUUUCAAGCACACGCAGGAAUUCAUGCCGCUGCUUUAACUGCCUUAUCGCAAAUAGAUUUUAGUCUAAUUCCUAAUAUUGAAAGACCAAUUCACACACAGGUUGAUUAUGUACAUUGCCUCGUGCCAGAUUUGCGUUCAAUCACCGCUUGUUCUUUCUAUUGGGGAAAAAUGGAUCGUUAUGAAGCUGAACGUUUAUUGGAGGGCAAACAAGAGGGAACAUUUCUACUACGUGAUUCGGCACAAGAAGAAUUUUUAUUCUCCGUAAGCUUUCGAAAAUAUGGUCGUUCACUUCAUGCAAGAAUUGAACAAUGGAAUCAUAAAUUCAGCUUCGAUUCACACGAUCCUGGUGUAUAUGCAUCUAAAACGGUUUGUGGUUUGAUAGAGCAUUAUAAGGAUCCUUCGUGCUGUAUGUUUUUUGAACCAAUGUUGACAAUUCCAUUACAUCGAAAUUUUGCAUUUCCGUUGCAACAUUUGUGUCGUGCUGUUAUUACAACACGAACAACCUACGACGGUAUUAACAAGUUGCAAUUACCAAAGACUCUUAAAAGUUAUCUUAAAGAAUAUCAUUAUAAACAGCGAGUACGAAUUAGAAGGCUAGAUAUUGAAAAUGACCUUCAGUCUGAUGGAAAAUCCAUAUCAUAUAUUCCACUAACAUGAGCAUUGUCUCAACUAUCCAUUCUUUGUUUUUCGCGAAAUUCCCUUUUCUUUUUAUUUAUGUCGAAAUACUCACAAAAAAAAAAAAUCACUUUCGGACAAAAAUUACAAUAUUACAGUGAUAACACUAAAAAUAUUGCUAAUUAUCAUCGCGAUUAUUUAACUUUCCAUUUACAUCUUCUUUAAAAAAAAAAAAUACCUAGCACUAUUAAGUUUGUCGCUUUCCUAAAUUUGUUCUUUGUCAAAAAAAAAAAUUUUUUUUUUUCAAUUUUUAUACACGUAUUUCUUUGAAUAACUUGGGCAUUCGAUAGUAGGAUUUGAUGAAUAUUGAAGUGUCAGAUGAUUACGGAAAAUUAUCAUCUAAAGUACAAAGAUAACACUUCUUAUAAUGAAAAUAAUUUUUUCUAUUAUUUUUAUUGUUUUUCUUAUUAAGGAUGUAAGAGAUAAAUAUGAUUCAUUGAGUAAAAUUAUUAAUUUAUCAAAUAGACAUCCUUAAAUAGAAUAACAAAAAAAUUGUUGAUGAUUCUAAUUAAUAAUUGAUUAAUAUUAAUAAUUAAAAGAAUUAAUAUUAAUUAUUAAUAAUUGACAAUUAGAAUCGUCGAAUUUAAAAAUAAAUUGUUAAAUAGAAAAAGAAAAUUAUGGGAAGAAUUUGAAAAAUUUUAUAACUCACUUUUUCAAAUUUCACGACAAUAAUGAAUGAAAAAGAAGAAUUAUUUUUAAAUUUCUAAAUUGCAUUUGAAGAAAUAAUUCGAUAAAUUUAUUUUGGGCGUAAAUUCAUUCUCUCUCUCUUAAAUUUUAAAAUUAAAACUAAUUUUUUUUAAAUUUUUCGAUUUUACAAUCUAAUAUACAAGUGAGUUAUAAUUGUGAGAUAUAAACUUUAUAAAUAUCGAUAUAGAUUGAAUAAUAGAUUCACAAUUUUAAUGAGCGGGCGAAUCGAAUGAUGACUGUUUUCAAGAAAGUAGGCAAAUACUAUUUCUAUUUAAAAAAAAAGAAAGAAAAA